AUGGACGGACGGUGUGCUGUUGAGACCUGGGCAGAGUUUGGCUUCUCAGGAGCGUCGUGCACACCGACGGUCAGGUUUGGAGCUGGGGCAGGUGUGUUUAUCUGCACUGGGAGUGACGAGGUGUAUGUCUUCAGUGCUGAGGAGAGGAAACUCACGACUGUUCUCCUGUUUCCUGCUCCUGUGAGCGACCUGGUUGAGAGUGCUGACAAGCAGCACCUCUAUGUGGCCUGUAGGAACGGAGUUUAUUGUGUCAGCUUGCAAUUUCUGCUAUCCAGAGCUCAUAGCUCCCCUGCUGAUGCAUCCUCCAGUCCGGUGGAGCUGAAAAUAUCCCACGAGUGUCUGGUUGUUCCAGAAGAAGGAGUGUUAUCGCUGCUCCCUGUCGGCUCCGUACUCCUGACUCUCUCCCAGAGAGACACCUCCUGGGUGUUUACCGUGUACAAUUCCCCGAAUCAGUCAGCGUCCAGCAGCUGUGAGAUGCUUGCUUCUUACAGUCUACCGCAGGCCUCAGGUGUUGUACGCAAUGACACUGAGGGAAGGACAGGAAUGAGAAGGAGGCCUGUGCUGAUUUGCGUCCAUUCUAGUGAUACAACAACACCACCACCUUCCUCAUCAGAGGCAACUUCAACCGAUGGCCAGUUCUGCCUUGAGCCGGUUCUUUUCAAACUUCUCUUCGGUAUCGACGCUGCCCUCGCCAAAUCGCCUGUUAUCCUUUGUGGCCUGCCAGACGGGUGCCUGUGUUUCCUCCCUCUGCGUCUGCCAGGAUCACGGCUCCGAGUCCUGCAUAGUCUGGAGCAGCCGGUCGUAUUUGUUGGAGCAUGUGUUGUCAUGGAAACGGGUCCAGGACAUGCACAGUGUCUAGUGGCGAUGGGCGAACUAGGGAGAGUGGUGCUGAUUAAAACGGACAAGGGAGGGCCAGAGAGAGGGGGCAGCAUAGCAGGUUUUAUUGAGAGGUGUGUACCGGGGCCUGUGAUGUGUGGCUGUGUGGAUGAAAAGUGUCUUUACUACAGCACCGGGUCAGACCUGCUGACACUGGAUCUAUCACAGGGAGGUGAAGAAAGGGAUGAAGAGAUAUCAAGUAAGACAGGCGCUGCCCUCCAAAGCCCAGCCAGUUUAAAUGUGUGUAGAGUCAUCGCCGUGGCUGAGCCCACAUGCAACACUGCAGGUGAAGUUCAGCUGCUGGGGCUGUCUGUCAGGGGGCAACUCCAGAGGAUUACCUUACCUAUGAGGAGAGAGGAUGCAAGUUUGUCCAAGGUGGCCUCCUCACAGGUGGGCCGCAAUGUCAGGGACCUCUUGUCUGCUAUCGGGGAUGUUUGUGAGAGAGCAACAACACUGAAAACUGCCAUUAAAUCCAAAAACCAGAUCCUGACACACCUGAAUCAGGUGCUUAACAUCAGCUUCCUGCUGAUAACCAGUACAAAUAGUGAAGAGCAUCUUCUCCAGGAAAGGCCAAUCAGAUGUCAUGCUGUGACAAAGUGGAGCAGGUUGCUUCAGAAAGACUCUCUGAACCUCACAUGUGUCCUGGAUAAUUCAAGUCCUUAUGUUUUGGAACAAGGCUGGACGCUGAGCAUCACUGUUUUCCCUUUGUCCUAUUCUCCCAGCACAGGAGGAGAAAGCCCCUCCACAAAUUUUUCAUUCCCAUUCCACAACCUCCAUCCAGGGGAAACGUUAGAAGUAUCACUGCCUCUAGCAGCUGCAGGCGACUCAGCGUUCCCAAUGACGCUCAGCUGCUCGCUCGUCUUCUCGCUCUCAAGUCUCCUGGGUGAGGAGGCAGCAAACGUUCCCAGUUUGCAGAGUAGCUGCUUCAGUUUGCCCCUGAACACGCUGACUGUGGAUUGGCUGCACGCCCUGCAGGUGAACAGACCCAUAGCCAAUCAUAAAAAGGCCACAUCUCAAUGUAGCGAAACAGCAAUGGAUACCAUCCAGGCUUUUUUAAGCUCACGGCGGAUUAGGCACAGUGGAAGAAAGGAUGGAGGAGGAGAGAGCUCUUCAAAGCCUGAGCAAGAGCAGUUUUCAGCAAGUAUGCGGGUGUCGUCAGAGUUACUGAGGGAUACGCUGGUGUUGAAAAGCUCAGGUUUGGACCCUCAGGGACCAAUGUUAGCCCCUCAAAAUGUAUGCCUUUCUCUACUGGAAUGGCUGUUGUGUGAAGGUCCAGGAGAAGUGAGGACAGAGCACCAAGGAGACAAGAUCAGCAGCUCAGUGAUUCAUGGUCAAUGUCCAAAUGGCCACACAGUCAAACUGUCUGCAAAAGAGGUAAAUGUAAGGGAGGAGAGCCUGGGGAAGGAGGAGUCACUGACUACAGUAGAAGUUCACAUUGAGAGCUCAUCGAUAACGGCAGUUUGUGGACUUCAUCAUGCUGUGCUGCACCGGGUACAGACUCUGCUGCAGAGGGCUCCUGAGAGGCCCGCUUCCACGAAAACAGUCCAGAGUUUAGGUUUAAGACAGGCACUGCAGCGGGCUGAGCACCUGUCACAGCAGAUCCAGCAAAGUCGAGUCUCAGGGGCUUUUGGCGUGGGCGCGUCCACGGGGAAGAUGACCCGGUCUCUUCUCAGAGUUUACCGUGAACUCAGAGAAAACCCUCUUCUUAUAAUUUAAAGUCUACACAGCUGCCCUCGGUCUAGUUUGUUAUUAUGCAACCUGUCUUUGCAGCCAAUUAAAAAAUAAUGUCCACAAUCUAUUGUAAAUGUACUUUUGUAUCACUGUUAAUGAUUGUUACCAUUCAGGGUUACCCUCAUGAUACUCCAUUUCAUUAUUACUUAGUUAUUGUCCAGAUCUAAUAAUAAUAACACUUACCCUCAUCAUUGUAUUCUGUUCGUCGUGUCCUUCAGCUCAACUUCUCGAUACAAACCAUUACAUUCAGCACAAGGUGACCGCAGAGCUCAGGUGGCGUAAAAAUAUGUACAAUUGAAAUCUAAAUGGAAAAACCCUCGUACAGCUGGGUAAAGGUCACCUGGUUCACAGUCUCUUGAUGUGCCAGACAUGCUGGUGUAACAGGACCUGAUGUACAUGGCACGAGACAAGGGCACACAUUCACAGAUGACAGGUAGAUUACAGGUGUUUCAUUAUUAUAACGACCAACAAAUAAAAAAAAGUAAGAAAUUAAUUUAAAUAAAGCUAAUCAUCCUAAGAAGUUAUUCAAGUUUACAGCAACUGGAAGGAAAGCUCAGUUCUCUUUUAGUCUUGAUUCUGGACUCGACUAAGAAGAUAGAUCCAUAUAUGAUCCUUAAGAUGAAUUAUGUGUGCUGUGGUUAAAAUGCAGCCAAAUAUAUGUAUAUUUGGGUGUUUUUCAUGAGUAGAAGGUUAUCUAAGGAACGAAAUUCUACAUGUUCCUUAACACAGGACCAAAUACUUUUGGAGGGAUUAAAACUAGAUUAAGAUACCUGCAAAGAAUGAUGCCUUCAAAAUGUAAUAUUUAAAAUAUAGUAUAUAGCCAAAACAAAUGCAACGUUUUAUUUUUGAAAUAUCUUUGAGUUUUUAUUGAUUCAUAAAUUAGAAUAUGUCAUAACUCUAGUUUUCAAGCAUUACCAGCUGACUCAGCAUAAUAAAAGAAACUCAAAUCCAAAAACGCACAGUCAUGCCUUUUGUCACAAUGAAAGGCUGGUCUGACUAUAUCAGAAAGAAAUGUAUGUAAAUCUUUAAAAAAAAAGAGCUGUCUACUAAUUUUUCAAAAACUUUAAAAAUCCUGAGUCAAUACUUUUUUUAUUCAACUCUAUUCUGUUACUUUAUUACAGAUUAACAAUCACACGGUCUCUUAAAUGAAUGAAUGAUGUUUUGCUGUGCAACUGAAUCUGAUUUAAUCAAAUUCUCUUCAUGCUCACUUGAAGUUUUAGAAAGGAAACACACUUGAGGCCUAUCUCAACAUUCAGAAAGUCUUUUUUAUGAAUUAUUCUGGACUGUAGAUUAGUCUGAAUGAUCGUUAGAUUGUAUGUUUUGUUACUGCACUUCACUUGCUGAUAAAACUGUGCUGCCACAGAUGAAGAUACUGAUGCUGCUGUGGCCUAAAGGGCCUUUAUUAUCUACAUUUAUGAUGUGCUUUAUUGCUGCAUACAGUAUUAACCACAUUUUUCAUUCAUUAAAUCACCACAAACUUAAUUUACAUUCAGAUAUUUUGUUGCUAUUGAAUAAUUUCCACACCAACAAUAAUUUCACUGAU